AUGGCCGUUAUGAAGAGUCUCUUACUUGCAUUUACCUUUGCGGUCUUCCUGGUUUCAGCAAACUUCGCCGAGGAAUCGUUCAGUAUGAGCCCAAUGAUAUACGAGGGCCCAAUCGUACCAGGCGGCGAUAAUGUGACUCUUGAGGGCACUAUUGAAGAAAUCUUUCGCCAAAUUCUCGCGUUAAACCCCAGCUAUCGGCCGGAGGAUUUCCCUGCCGCCCCAGAUACCCAAUCUCUCAGUGUCAGCCCUAGUUUGGAGAAAAGGUCGCCUGGCCAUAUCAUCUGUGACCCCAGUGGCGCCGAGAGAGCAUGGCGCAGGAAGAUCGAAGAUGGUAUUGCCUACCUCGAACGUGUCCCGCAAGCUUCGCACUGCAGGGUUCGAAAUCGAUCAUGCGCUCGGGUCAGCUGUUCUUGGGAUAGUGGUAUUUUUUUCUGCAAUGAUAGGGAUUCCUGGUUUGAAAUACCUUGUCCUGUUCUUGGAUCAUACACAGAGGACAUUCUGCGCACAUGCCACCAAUCCAGCACGAGGGUCUCAGGCCAAAAAUUCGACACGGACAAUUUCAAUGUUCUUGUGAAAUUUGAUAAGUGUUAA